AUGUACCGCCGUAUCGCUGCCCGCUUCGCGCCGCUCGGCGCUGCUGCGCUCCUCUCGACGGCCUCGCCCGCGCACCUCAAGGCCGCCCCGCCCGCGUCCGAGGCGCAGGCCUUCUCGUGGGGCUCGAACGCCUUUGGUCAGCUCGGGCACGGCCACGAGAACGACAUCUCGGCGCCGCAAGCCGUCAAGCUGCCGCACGCGGCCGGCGUCGCCUGCGGCGGCAACUCGUCCGCUGUCUUGACGGCCGACGGCCACGUCUACACCUUUGGCGCCGGCGGCAACGCGCGUCUUGGCCAUGGCGACGACAUUGAUACGCCCAACCAGUCGACGCCGCAGCUUCUCCAGCUCGUCGGGGACGUCGUCAAGCUCGAAAUUGGCGAGUACCACAUGGCUGCGCUCACAAAGGACCACCGCCUCUGGACGUGGGGUCGCCACGGCUGCCCGCAGAUCGGCCACGACAAUGCCAACCGCGGCUACCCCAACGAGAUCAAGGAGCUCAGCGGCAAGGUCAAGGACGUGGCGUGCGGCCGCCAGCAGACGGUCGUCGUGACGACGGACGGCGAGCUCUACGUCUGGGGCUACGCCCACGAAGGCGCGCUCGGGCUCGGAACCCGCGAACCCGUGUUCCGCCCCAAGAAGCUCGUCAUCCCGAACGAGACCUUUGAAAGCGUCACGUGCGGCCGCGAGCACACGUUUGCCAUCACGACGGACAAGAAGGUCUACAGCUGGGGCGCCAACGACAAUGGCCAGCUCGGUGUCGCCGGCACGGUGCGUUACCAGCGGUCGCCGGUCCGCGUUACCUCGCUCGAUGGCCUCGGCGUCGUUCAAGUCGCGGCCGGCGACUACCACAGCGCGGCGUUGACAGCGUCCGGUGAAGUGUACACGUGGGGCAGCGGCCGUGACGGGCAGCUCGGCUUGGGCACGACCGACGACCGCAACAUCCCGCGCAAGGUCGCCGACCUCGACGGCGUUCGCAUCGUCCACAUUGCCUGUGGUGGUGGCCACACGGCGUGUGUUGCUGAGGACGGGACGCUCUGGGUCUUUGGCCGAGGUCGCAGCGGGCAGCUGGGCCGUGGCGACCAUCUCGAGAGCAUCGCCGCCGCCCGCAAGAGCCCGAUUCAAGUCCGCCUGCCGCAAAAGGUGCAUGCGGUGAGCUGUGGCAGCGACCACACGAUGGCCUUGUAA